AUGAGGAAUAUUAUCUCUUUAAAGAAUUUUAUAUAUAAAAGAUUUACACAAUCAUUAUCCAAAGUGAAACCUUAUCAGAUUAAAUAUCAACCAAAUCAGUCUAAUUCUUUAGAAAUCAAUCCUAAACAUGGACUUUGGGAUUUUUUCAGAGAUUCUGAAGAUAAAUCAUUGAAAAAAGAGGUUCUUUCUACGCCUAAAAAUGACAUGAAACAUGGCCGUGCAUGGAUGGCAUCAGAACUACGGCUUAAAUCCUUUGAUGAUCUUCAUCGUUUAUGGUAUAUAUGUCUUAAAGAGAGAAAUAUUAUUGCUACACAACGUCAUGAACGUCGUCGACUACGUAUUUUUACAGGAAUUGAAGAAGCAAUCAAAAGGGACAAACAGGUGCGACUUACAAUGGCACGCUUGAAAUUUGUCUUAAAUGAAAGAAUACGCGCAUGGAAUUCUGCAAAAAAGCUGGCAGAAAAAGACGGGCAUCCCAUAAAUUAA